AUGGAGGGGCCUAUUUUGCGAACCCUAGGCGUUAAACCCGGGGAAGGAAUCCAGAGGUAUCUAGGGCUGCCCUACUUUUCCCUUAGAAAGAAAAGAUUGCAGUUUGAAUUUUUGAAAGACAGGAUGGAGAAAAAGAUUCAAGUGUGGAAUCAAAGAGAAUUCUCGGCGGGUGGUAAGGAAGUUCUUAUUAAGUCGGUGGUCCAGGCGGUGCCAACCUUUGCUAUGCAAUGCUUCCGCAUCCCGGAUUCUAUUUGUGAGGAUAUGAACAGAAUCUGCGCGGCGUUUUGGUGGGGUGAAAAGGAGGGUGAAAGGCGCAUGCACUGGGCAAGAUUGGAACGAAUGUGUGAGCCGAAAGAGAAAGGAGGAAUGGGCUUCCGAAAUCUGAAAAUUUUCAACAAAGCUCUUGUUGCUCAGCAAGCCUGGCGGAUGAUGACCAAACCGAACUUGUUGGUGAGUAGAGUGUUCAGGGCUAAAUAUUUCAAAAAUGGUGAUCUUAUGACAGCAGUUGUGCCAUCAACUUCAUCAUAUGUUUGGCGCUCUAUUGCGUGGGGUCACUCUUUACUGCGUGAAGGGAUGGUAUGGAGUGUGGGAAAUGGGAGGAAUAUUAAAGCCAUGAAGGAUGGUUGGGUUAAAGGAGCGCAAUCUGAGGUUCAUGGCCGGGCUGAUGGAGAUUCUGCCAUCACGGUGGAGGAACUUAUUGACGAGCAUGGUGGCUGGAAUUUGACAAAAAAUUAA